AUGGCGGAACUCGAAUCAGAUCAUUACGAUGUGAUAGUGAUUGGAACGGGUUUAGCGGAAAGUAUAGCAGCCGCUUCUUUAGCUAAAGCAGGCCAAAGUGUGCUUCACUUAGAUCCAAAUGUAUACUACGGUGGUGAACAAGCGUCUCUCACUUUAGAUGAAUUAUCCAGUUGGUCAAACACGAUUAAUCAAUCCUCUUCAUCGUCUGCCUCUUCUUCCUCCAGUUGUCACUCAAGCAGCAUCAGAUAUCAUUCAAGCUCAACAACUCCUCUUACACCUCAAUUAGAAAAUGAUCGACGUCGAUAUUCUCUGUCACUUUUCCCAUCUAUAUUACCUUCUAGAGGUUCAUUGAUUGAUACCUUGAUAGCAUCAGAUGUGAGCAAAUAUGUCUCAUUCAAAUUAUUGGAUUCAACGUCGAUAUAUGCGGAAGAAGGAGUAAAGAAAGUCCCAGGAAGUAAAGAAGAAAUAUUCAAAGAUAAAUCAAUUGGUUUGGUGGAUAAAAGGAAAUUAAUGAAAUUCCUUUUGUUUGCUACUGGAGAAUUUGAGAAUGAUGAUCUAUUGAAGGGAAAAGAAGAUCAACCACUUUCAACAUUUUUACAGGGGACUUUCUCGAUACCUCAACAAUUAACAGAAUCAAUCUCAUACGCUAUAGCUCACUGCUCUUCGCCCAAUGAUCAAACACUGCCGGCCCUGCAGAGGACAAGAAGAUAUCUGAAAUCGAUUGGGAGAUAUGGAGGUAGCGCGUUUUUGGUUGGGCAAUAUGGUGGUGCUGGUGAAGUAGCACAGGGCUUCUGUCGGGCAUGUGCUGUCUUUGGCGGAACAUAUGUACUUGGUCCUACAGCAGCACCUACAUCUAUCGAAACUACACCCGAUGGCGUCUUAAUCCAGAUACCGUGUCAUCCUAGACCAGUCACCGCAUCCCAUCUAGUCUCCGCUCCGAUCCAUCUUCCCCCUUCCUUGCUUACCUGCUCGAAUACCGACACAAAAGAGACUACCUCUUCAAAUUGCAUAGCUAUCACUGCCACCUUGCCUGAAGCCUUACGGCGUAGAUCUUUAUCUGUCGAGGAAGAUGAUGAGGAGAAACCAGAACCAGAAAACGAUGAUACUGCUGUUAUAGUAUUUCCCAGAGAAGAAAAUGCCGUAAGAGCUUAUAUAAAUGGAGAAGGUACAGGAAGCUGUCCGGCCGGUCAAUAUAUCAUCUAUCUAUCAACAGCCGCUUCAUCGCCUUCUACAUCACCGUCAGCCAUACUCAGGCCGUACCUACAGAAGAUUACGAAUGAACCAACUUUCGAAGCAUACUACGUGGCCACUCGACCUUCCUAUGACGCGAUCAAGCCGGAAAGCACGGGUAAUUUGGUCAUACUUGAACCUUAUAUAGGAGACUACAUGUUGACUGAAGGACUGGACUGGGAAGCCAAGCAAGGUGAAAAGGCUUAUUAUGCUAUAAUGGGAAGAGAGGGAAAGGGGUUCUUUGAAAAGGAUCCGACGGACGAAGAAGAAAUGGGAUUUGGUGAGGAUGAUCUAUAG